UUGUAUUCUACACUGAAAACUUCACGUGCCCUCUUUUUCUUCUUACAUCCCCCCAACUACUAUAAUUAUCUGAAAAAACAUUUAAAGUCCUUAUCCCAUUUCUGUUUUCUUGGGAACUGAGUAAUUUAUUAGUUUAGGUCAUUAUAUAUGUUUGUUACUCAACCAAACCUCCAAGGUAGUUAGUUAGUUAGGUUCGAGAGCAAUAGUGGAUAAGAGAUCUCAUUUCCUCGUUUAAUUUGAUAAUUUUUUCAUAUACAUGGAGAAGGGAAAGCAAGUUUUCGGUUCUUCGGCUUCUGCUUCUGCUUUGUCCUUUACGAAUGAUUUGUUUGGUCCGAAAGAGCCUUCGAAAACGUCACUCUUUGGUUCCGUUUUUGGACCACAAUCAACGGGACUUGGAAGGGAUUCCACUCACUCUGUAGCUAGAGGUUCAUCAAGAAUCCAAGAUCCAAAAAACCAGUCAUGUGGAAAUGCAAAAUAUGGAACUUCAGGUAAUAAGGAGAAGAAUAAUUCCAUAUUGUAUCAGAAUAGAACAACAGAACCAUGCCAUUUAAGUUCAUCAAUAUACUAUGGUGGCCAAGAUAUUUAUUAUCCACCUACUGCCUCACAUAACACCAAAAAUGUAGAAGAUGAUGAUGAUCAAAAUGGAAACAAUUCAAAUUGUGCUUCAAGAGGUAAUUGGUGGCAAGGAUCAUUAUAUUAUUGAGGCCUUGUUUUUUUUCCUUACGCAAAGUGGUUCAGCCUUUUUUCGAACUCAGCGCAUAGCAGAAAUUUAGUGCAUCAAUUAUCGUUUUAGUCAAGGCCAUAAUUCCAGUAUUUCAAGCACUUGAUAGUAGGGCUGUGUAUCGAUCGGUUGGUUCGGUUCGACUUUAAAGUUUAUUGGGUUGGCUUAUUAGUUAUCGAUUUGUAGUGAUGCUAAACCAUUAUAGAACCAUUAAGAUAUUGGCUUAUCGAUUAUUGGUUUAUCGGUUUUUGAUCGUUAUCGAUUCGGUUAUCGGUUUAACCGUUAAGAUUUGAUCGAAAAGAAAAAAUAUUGAAAAUCACUUAGAAACAAAGUGACAAACCAAAUAAACCAUGCACUUGAGUUCACAAGUUACAUCUUGCUCAAAAGCAAACACUUUUACAUCGUAGAAUAAUCAAGUAUUUGAGACAAUCAAAAAUAAAAGUAGGAAA